GUGACUCUUCCGCAUCGGGCUCUUGACGCUUCCUCAUUGACAGCGCCUAAAGGAGGAAAGCUGCGAUCCUGCGACUCUAUUUGCGUUCCGUCAGUAUUUACGCCGCUUUAACCUUAAAAGCACAUCUUCAGAACUCGAGAAUCUUCUUUAAACGACUUUGUAGAGUUAAGAAAUGUCAAAGCCUCCCCCCAAACCAGCAAAACCAGGUCAGGUUAAAGUCUUCAGGGCUUUAUUCACCUUUGAUCCAAGAACGCCAGAUGAACUGUACUUUGAGGAAGGAGAUAUUCUGUACAUCUCAGAUACUAGUGACAGUAACUGGUGGAAGGGCACAUGUCGGGGAAGGACUGGUCUUAUUCCCAGUAAUUAUGUGGCUGAACAAGCAGAAUCCAUAGACAACCCCAUGCAUGAAGCAGCAAAGAGAGGUAAUUUAAGUUGGCUCAGAGAGUGUUUGGAUAAUAAGGUUGGAAUCAACGGACUGGAUAAAGCUGGAAACACGGCUCUUUACUGGGCCUGUCACGGAGGACAUAAAGAUGUGGUGGAGAUCUUGCUUAGUCAGGCAAACUGUGAGUUCAAUCAGCAGAAUAAACUGGGAGACUCGCCUCUACACGCAGCCGCCUGGAAGGGUUAUGCAGAUAUAGUCGAGAUGUUGCUCAAUAAAAAUGCCAGGACAGACAUUUUGAAUAAUGAAAAGAAGACGGCUCUGGAUAUGUCCACUAACGCUCAGUGUGCUUCUCUACUGAAGAGGAAAGUUGGAGGAGUGAUUCUGCGCAAUCACAGUAAUGCUGAGGAGUAUCUGGACGACGAUGAUUCUGACUAAAACAACGGCGACGCUAAUGAAGUCCAUUCAUUCCUACAUCAGAAUGUGUAUAUAGAUCCGGUCUCUAUUGAGCUGUUGUCUAAAGAUUGAAAACCUUUUGCAUUCCAGUUUAUUGUUAAAGUAUUGCAGGACGUGUGAAUGAUGGACACAAUGAACGGUUGGGCUUCUCUGUACUGUAUUUAUUCUCUAAUUCCAUUUUAAAGUUCCUUUCAUACGACCAGAAUCCUCUGUGGGCACUGGGGGGGUUUUAUUUGGUUCAUUUUAUGCGCGUGUGGGUUAGUGUGUGUGUGUGUGUGUGUGUGUGUGUGUGUGAGACUGUUUAAACAAGGGCUUCUGAGAUGCAUGUAAAUCUAACAUGUUAAAACUAUGCAAAUAAAUCAGUGGGCUUUUCUUGCA